CCGACGUUGUACAAAAUCACGACUCUUCUUCCUAUCGUCAACUCUGCAUAGAGAAGAAGUAUAUUGUCGCUUUCCCCAAGUCAAUUGGGCCCAUCAUUUCUCAUUUGGAGCCCAAUUGGCGCGUACUCGGCGCUGGCGUUGGCAUUUCCUUCCCGUCUUUGCAUCUGAUAGACCAAGCUUCUUAGGGCUCUUAUAGCCCAGCAUGAUUCUGCAUCGGUCACACUGCCUGAGCAGACGCCUACGCGUCAAUGUUUCAUCUUUCCGUCUUUCUCUUCGUCCCUGCUCCGCAUCCUUCUCGUCCUCAUCAAGAAGGCGAGGAGGCUAUGACGACACUAUCCAGAACCUCCAAAUCGGAAAGGACACCCGCGUCAUUUUCCAGGGCUUCACCGGCAGACAGGCGACCGCCAACGCCAAAGAGUCGAUAGAAUGGGGCACCAAUAUUGUGGGUGGGGUCAAGCCCGGGAGCGCCGGCGAGCACCUGGGUCUGCCUGUGCUACCAUCAGUAAGAGCAGCGAUGGAGCAGUUGAGGCCGGAUGCAACGGGUAUCUACGUCGCGGCGCAUCAGGCGGCGGCUGCUAUUGAGGAGGCGGUUGAAGCGGAAGUGCCGUUGAUCGUAGCAGUUGCGGAGCAUAUUCCACUGCAUGAUAUUAUGAGGAUACACUCUAUGCUCGCGACACAGUCACGGUCAAGGCUUGUGGGUGCGAAUGCCCCGGGCAUCAUUUCAGCAAUCGGAAGGUGCAGGAUUGGUUUCCAGCCUCUUCCGACCUUCUCACCGGGACAUAUCGGCAUUGUAGCGAAGUCCGGCACGCUUUCUUACGAGACGGUGGGAUCUUUGACAAGAGCGGGAUUGGGACAGAGCUUGUGUAUUGGAAUGGGUGGCGAUGUCAUUGCGGGGACGAACUUUGUGGAUGCGCUGAAGGUGUUUGAGAAGGAUGAGGACACGGAAGCUAUCAUUUUGGUGGGAGAGUUGGGUGGGACGAGCGAAGAGGAGGCUGCAGAUUGGAUUAAGGAGUAUAGGAGAAGAGUCAAGGACCCGAAACCCAUUGCAGCAGUCAUAUGUGGCUUCCAAGCACCACCAGGCCGUAUAAUGGGCCACGCAGGCGCCUGGACAGGUAUCGGCGAAGGCACUGCAGAGUCAAAGUACAAGGCUCUCGAAAAUGCCGGGGUCACAAUGGUGGAUCAUCCCGCGAAGUUCGGAGGCGUCAUGAAAAACCUCCUGGCCAAAUCUGGUCGGAACGUCAAGAAGAUCGAGCAAUCAGCAGCCCAAGCCCAGCAGCGCCGCUCAUACCACACAGCUUCUCGAUACCCACGACGGCCUCUAUCCGCCUCUACGCCAACCUCCGCCCAGCAGAAACGCUCUCUCCACCUCACAGCAGACCAAUCCACCACCCUCCUCAAAUCCUACGACAUCAACACCUCUCCACCCCCUUCUCCUACACCACCAUCAACCCAUUUCCUCGGCAUAACGGUCGCCCGCUCCGCCCGCUCCCCCUGCAUAAUCGCCGCGCCCACCACCAACCCCAGCCAGCUCGCCCACCGCGUCCGCCGCCUUCCCUUCGACUACCGCUCCGGCCCGUCUCCCUCCAUCAUCAACGACGCAAUAGCGUAUCUCCAACUCGACGCCGCGCCGCCAAAACCCAAAGCCCAGACCGCCCAGCUAAUCCGAGCCCUCUGGGAGCUGUACCGCGAGAAAGAAGCCAUCACCGCCACCGUAUCUCUCGCCGUCCCGCAGGAGAGCGACGAAGUGCUGGUGUACGACCCCUAUCUCUUCUUCGACGACGCAGCGUUCAAGUCGAAUAAGCGGCAGGCGGCGCUGCACGGGCUGCGCGAUACGUCGAGCAUCCCGCCCACGGAGCUCGAAGCCGAGCAGAGCGGCAUCGUUUUCAUUCCGCUCGAGAGCCCCAAGUUCCCCGGGGCAACGGCGCAGAAAGAUACGCAGACGCCUCCUGCCACGCCGCAGGAAGGAGAACCCAGGAACCUCGUCGGCACGCUGGUCAACGGCGCAGGCCUGGCGAUGAACACGAACGACGUGCUCUCCCUGCGUCUGUCGCCGCCUCCGUACUCGACAGCCUCCGCGAAUUUCUUGGAUACCGGCGGCAAGGCUACGAGCCAGACGAUUAGUACUUCUUUUAAGCUCAUUCUGUCCGAUCCGCGGGUCAGCGUUGUGUUUGUCAAUAUCUUUGGGGGACUUACGCUCUGCGAUAUGAUCGCGGAAGGCAUUAUAUUGGCAUUUAGAGAAGUCGGUGUGGACAAGCCAGUCGUGGUCAGACUGCGAGGCACGAAUGAGGAGAAAGGGCAAGAGAUAUUGCGCCAGGCCAAUCUUCCCAUUAAAGCAUUCGACGACUUUGAAGAAGCGGUGCUGGAAGUUGGGCGCUUAGCGAACGGGGGACAAGCGUCACAAUCGUAGACAUAGAAUAGCGUGGUUCAUAGAUCUCCUCUAAAGACGAUGUUAAAUCUUGCCGUAGCCAUAUUGCAUCGUUCAGCUACCUAAUAUCGUACCGUUUCCUUC